AUGAUUAUUAUGUCCGAAGUGAGCCAACCUUCUACUGGAGUACGACUGUCUCAGCCUCAAGUUGUUGCAUAUAUGGAUGCACACUGUGCUGGUGAAGGAACGCUUUGCGUCAGCGAAAGCCAAGUAACGUGGAUUUGUCGCUCUAGCGGCUUGGGUUUCUCUCUGACAUAUCCGUCCAUCAUACUUCAUGCAAUUUCCACCGAUCUCAGCACAUUUCCUCAAGAGUGCAUUUAUGUGCUUGUGGAUGCAUCUAAAAGCGAGCGACGUAGAAGACGCACCGUUCCUCUUUACACUGCUGCCGAGGCAAGAAACGUACAAGAUCUUCAACUCGCUGAAGAAGAGCUCAACCAAAAUGGAGACAUUUCCGAUGAGGAUGACGAUGAAGAAGCGAAAAAUGUAGUCAUCCGAUUUGUACCUUCUGAUGUUAGCGUUUUACAACAAAUCUACUCAGAAAUGUGCGCAUGCCAAGAGCUUAAUCCAGACGAAGGUGAUGACUUCUCAGAUGAGGAAGGAGACGGUGCGAUGGCCGUCGAUGCUAAUGCAGACCCCUUAAUGAGUGGAGAUGGAUGGUAUACUGCCGAUAAUGUAAGAGUUUUGUUCCAUCUUUUCUUUCUUGAUUUAUCUUGUUUAAUCAUUCUAAAAAAAUAACU